AUGACCAACGUCAACCUCGCGAUCGACCUUGCUGAUUACGACAGCAUGAAGGAGACGGUCUUCGCUCUGGUCAAGACCGUCCAGCACCAGGUCAAGGCCAUCGACGAGCUGAAGAAGUACCUGAUUCAGCUCAGCCAGGAGCUGGACGAGGGCGAGUCAGAAAGUGAAUUCGAAGACCAGGGGACAUCAGAAAUACCUACAGAACAGGACGACGAAAAGGAGACUGAAAAGGCGGAAGAAAAAGCUGAACCGGCAGCUGAAGAGGCGAAGAAAGAGGCUGAAAAGGAGGAACCAAAAGCUGAACCGGCAGCUGAAGAGGCGAAGAAAGAGACUGAAAAGGAGGAACCAAAAGCUGACCCGGCAGCUGAAGAAGCAAAGAAGGAGGAACCAAAAGCUGAACCGGCAGCUGAAGAGGCGAAGAAAGAGGCUGAAAAGGAGGAACCAAAAGCUGAACCGGCGAAGAAAGAGACUGAAAAGGAGGAACCAAAAGCUGAACCGGCAGCUGAAGAGGCGAAGAAAGAGGCUGAAAAGGAGGAACCAAAAGCUGAACCGGCAGCUGAAGAGGCGAAGAAAGAGACUGAAAAGGAGGAACCAAAAGCUGAACCGGCAGCUGAAGAGGCGAAGAAAGAGGCUGAAAAGGAGGAACCAAAAGCUGAACCGGCAGCUGAAGAGGCGAAGAAAGAGGCUGAAAAGGAGGAACCAAAAGCUGAACCGCUGAAGAGGCGAAGAAAGAGGCUGAAGAUACAGAACAGAAAGCUGAACCGGCAGCUGAAGAGGCGAAGAAAGAGGCUGAAAAGGAGGAACCAAAAGCUGAACCGGCAGCUGAAGAGGCGAAGAAAGAGACUGAAAAGGAGGAACCAAAAGCUGACCCGGCAGCUGAAGAGGCGAAGAAAGAAACUGAAGAUACAGAACAGAAAGCUGAACCGGCAGCUGAAGAGGCGAAGAAAGAGGCUGAAAAGGAGGAACCAAAAGCUGAACCGGCAGCUGAAGAGCUGA